AUGACCACCAUCACCGAUCUGUUCAAGAAGGUUCAGGAUGCUAUCAGCAAUUUGAAAGGUGACAGUAACAUCCUGCUUGGGAAGGAUGGCGACAUCGUGUUCUCAAAGAACAAUGUUUGUGUACAUGACCUCGGAAAUGAUGAGGUCGACAACAUUAUACAUACACCCGGUUACUUAACGGUACACUGUCAAUCCGACGAGCAAAUCGGUGUCACCUUGGUUCUCCAAUGGUUGCCCAAUUCAACACUCCAAAAAAAUCCUGCAAGCAUACGAAGUGUAUCGCCACGGAACCAGGCAAGAAACACUUCUAGACAACCAUGCAUACGAAGCAGAAACCAACCCGAGGUUGAGACACAAUUUGCAUCGCAUCGCCAAUCUAGGACAGACAUCGGAAAGGCAGAAAGUGCAUCAGACUCACCCCCAGAAAUUUGUGUGGAAAUGAACGGCGAUCUUAUCUCAGUCACAGCAGUUCACGAACGUCCGACAGCUCUUUCCACAGUGGAUUUGCCCAAGUCCCGGUCGCAGUCGUCUCUUUCAACAUCUGGAGCUGAUGAAGCCUCUGAGAAUGAGGAAGAAGUCGUGAGUUCAUCGUAUGACAGCAGCAAUCAUUCUGUCGAUGAGCAGGGGACAAUGGUGAAUUCUUUUUGGAACUAUCGCGAAUCGCUGAUUGACUGCACGCCGGAACAAUUCGCAUACGAACACAACUUGAUGCUGACGGAGACAUCCAAGAACGAGGAGCCGAUUGCUGUUCUCAGUGGAAAAGUAACAUAUUCAACCAAACUGUCCAAUAUCAGCCUUUUCUCGGUGAAUCUAGGAAAAAUGAGAUCUAUGAGAUUAUUCUACUCGAACUCGGAUUGCACCAGCGGUCAGUUAGUUAUCGCUAGCCCAGACUCCCAUUACAAGAUUCUUCAUUUCCAUCAUGGGGGACUGGACAAGCUGGCGCUGCUGUUCGAGCAGUGGUCUGCAGUAAAGGCCAAAAGUGUCAAAAAUCCAACAUUGGGGAGAGAUGAAUUAGAUCCAGAGGACGGGUUAUACGAUAUGGUAACGUGGGAUUACUGGAAAAGCUACAAGAAUUGCGAUGGGAUCAUUGCCGAUAGCAAUACUAUAAGAAAGGCGGUUUUCUUCGCAUCCAUGGAGCCUGGACUUCGGAAAGAGAUUUGGCCAUUCCUGUUACGCAUCUAUCCAUGGCAGUCUACUAUGGAGCAAAGGGAAAUCAUUCGAAACGAUCUGUUCCUAGAGUAUCAGAAUCUCCGCAAAAAGACGGAAAAGAAGUCGGCUUCUUCUAAGCAGCAUUGGAGUGCUGUCGAGAAUACGAUUCUGAAAGAUGUUGUUCGAACCGAUAGAAAGAAUCCCUAUUAUUCGGGGGAAGGCAAUCCCAAUAUUGAGACUAUGAAGAACAUCCUUUUGAAUUACGCUACCGCAUAUCCGCAUGUGAACUAUAUCCAAGGAAUGUCUGACUUACUGGCACCUUUGUUGAGCACCAUCAGAGACGAGGCCGACACCUACUGGUGUUUCACAGGACUUAUGCAACAAACAGUAUUCUCAUGUUCUCCCAAAGGAAAUGAAGGACUCAUGGAGAUAAAUCUGGAGUACCUCCGUGAACUACUGAAGCUACUACAGCCCACUUUUUACAAUUAUCUCGCAGCACAAAAAGGAGAUGCUUUACAGUUAAUGUUUGUACAUAGAUGGAUCCUUUUAAUUUUCAAGCGGGAGUUUCCUGAAGCCGAUGCACUUCACAUUUGGGAAGCUUGCUGGGCGCAGUAUCGUACAAAUUUCUUCCAUCUGUUUGUCUGUUGUGCUAUCGUAUCCAUUUACGGUGAUGACGUGAUUGCGCAAAGAUUACCGCACGACGAGAUCCUCCUUUAUUUUUCAUCGUUGGCAAUGCACAUGGAUGGAAGAUUGGUCCUCAAAAAGGCCCGUGGUCUCUUAUACGACUUCUCACGUCGGGAAAAGAUCCCCUGCUCUUUGGUUGGGUUGUGCACUGCUGAAGUCGAGCAAUGGGAUUCACAUCGUGUAAAGAAACGAUUUGAAUGUAAUAAGGUGAGCAAUUUUGAAUCAUGCUACAAAGAUGCGAUAGCCAUCAGUUUGUUUGUUUAG